CGGGCUGGGACAAGCAGGCAGCAGCCGGCCGGCCGCCCCCCGAGCAGCAGUCGCACAGGGGACCCUGCCUGGAGCGCUCUGAACCCCAGCAACAAGUUUUGACCUGGGUGCAGAGGCGCUCAUGGCUAUCGCUUAUGGUGCUAUCACUCAGCCGGGCCUGCUUUCCCAGCAGUACCCUCCGCCCCUGCUGCCCAAGCCCGGAAAGGACAACGUCCGGCUUCAGAAGCUCCUCAAGAGAUCCGCCAAGAAAAAGGCUUCCGCUCAGGCAUCGCAGUCCGCCGCACCCUUCCGCUCAAGCCUCUCCCCGGUGAACGAAGCGAGCCCCGACCUCGAGCACAGCGACCACUCCACGCCGCCCAAGACUCCCGAGGCGCCGUUCAGCCUCUACAACGUCCAUCAGCCUCCCCGGUUCACCGUCAGGCCGCUGUAUCAACAUGUUGCAUCGCCUUACCCGCAGCGUGCAGCUUACGGUGGAACGGCGAGGUUCUCACCUCAGACAGUGACCACGCCGUCGUACUCCUACUCGCAGAAUGUCGCCGCGCAGUCUUCAUAUUCUGCAUCGGUUCACAUUUCAGGACUCUCACCAACCCCGGAGCCGGUCGCCUUGCCGCCAGUGCCCAAAAUAACUCUGCCACCUUUUCCUGCGCCGGAACCAAGAGUAUCAGCUUAUGGCACGUAUGGUGACACUCAUGCUGGUCUACAACCUGUCACAGCUGUGGGAGCCCCACAGCCAAAACCCAUUAGUCCAGGUCCCACUCCUUUUCAAGCAAUGGGGACUCAAGCUGUGAUACGUCCGCUCACUGUGUUGACCCCAUUCAAAUGCAAAAGUCCAAGACCAACAUUCAGAGCAACAGAACCUUCCAGAUCGCCAAAACCGAUGUUCGAGGUCCCUCAAAUAAGGCUGUACACGGCGAGCACGUCCUACUACGAGACCUCCAGGACCCCACCGGUGUACGACACAGCUGGAUUAACUAGCAUUGGAAGCACUGCACCUCAGAGUAAAGCAGAAACAAAGCAAGAUGAGGCUCAAGAGUCUGAGGUAACAAGAGGUACAACACCGACAACCCAGCCGCCUCUGCUGGGCUCAGACCCCCAGAGGAAGACGCCAACGAUUGAAGCUAGAAGAGGUGCUACACCGACAGCAGAGGUGAUUACAGCGGUGACUCCAGCACCUGAAAUCAAGAGAGCCACUCCGACAUUGGAAAUCAAAAGAGCCACUCCAACGUCUGAAAACAGGAGAUCCACUCCGACAGCUGAACUCAAAAGAGCCACUCCGACACCCGAAACAAGAGUCAAGACACCAACGUACGAGUUCCAGUCAAGAAUCUCAGCUGGGCGGCCCAGGACCCCGGCUUUCCACACUCGGGCAGCAACGCCUGUCUUUGAAGUCUCAAGAACUAAUCCUCUCUUGUUUGCAGUGUCCCCAAUCACAGUUGAGCCAGAGAGGUCAAGAACACCCAAAACAGUGCCCUUGGAAAGUGGUUCCUCUGCGUCCCUGAGUGCCGAGCCAAAGCCUACAGAAACAAUACCAAACGGGGACAUUCUUCUGGACCUGAAGCCUGCAGCUAAACCGGUUCAACAAAGUAUCACAAAGGCGAAAUCAGAGCCGGAUCUGACGAGAGCGAAGAUCCCAGCGACUCCAUCUGGCUCUCUCACUCCCACACCUCAGCCAAUGACACCAGCAGGGACUCCUUACGGCUAUCAGAGACCUAAGACUCCAACAUUCGAGGCGUCCAGACUUUUGAGCACAUCACCCGGCUUCAAGAGACCAAAAACACCAACAUAUGGGACAUCCCCAUCCGGUGUACCCCCUGUCGCCUUUCAGAGACCUAAAACCCCAACUCAAGCGGCUCAUACAACCAAGUCUACCUAUCGUGGUUUGACACCAGCUGAAUAUGCUGCUUACGGCGGAAUCAAAACAUUCACUCCGGCGUUUGGUAUCGCCAGUCUGGGGGAGGUUGAAGCAUCAAAAGAGGAAUCAGCAGCUUUGGAAAAACCAAGACAAGAACCGACAACAGCCGAGGUUUCACAAGUCAAAGAAACCCCCAAAGUUGUUGCCGAUAAGAAGCCUGCCGCCGUCCCCUUAGUGCCUGUGAUUAUUGUUUCACAAGCAUCCGAUUCCCCAGGAACACAAGAGACAAGCAUGGUGACCAGUCAGGUUGCAGCAAAUCAAGAAAGGACUGUGGUUCAAGAAGCACCAAAGACCAGCAUGGUGACCAGUCAGGUGGCAGCAAAGCAAGAAAGGACUGUGAUCCAAGAAGCAACAAAGACCAGCAUGGUGACCAGUCAGGUGGCAGCAAAACAAGAAAGGACUGUGAUUCAAGAAGCACCAAAGACCAGCAUGGUGACCAGUCAGGUGACAGCAAAGCAAGAAAGGACUGUGGUUCAAGAAGCAACAAAGACCAGCAUGGUAACCAGUCAGGUGACAGCAAAGCAAGAAAGGACUGUGGUUCAAGAAGCACCAAAGACCAGCAUGGUGACCAGUCAGGUGGCAGCAAAACAAGAAAGGACUGUGGUUCAAGAAGCAACAAAGACAAGCAUGGUAACCAGUCAGGUGGCAGCAAAGCAAGAAAGGACUGUGAUCCAAGAAGCACCAAAGGCUGCACCGCCAACAGUGGAGGUGAAAACACCUGUGAUGAAGAAGGUGGAACCAGCAGUCCCAAAAGUCGCCAAACCAAGUCCAAAAACUCCUGAAGUCAAACGUCCUCCACCCAAAGGGGAUGAUCAGGAUCCUCUGAAGGCGGUCCGGACAGUUUUGGGCAAAGAUAAAGUCCAGACUGCCGAGAAGAAGCCUGUGAGUCAAAUAAAAGCUGACGUCCCAGAUAAGAAAGAGCCAAUGAAACCUGUUCCUGUCGCAAAGCCGAGUACUGCUGCUCCUUCUGUACCUGCUAAGACGGGAGGGGAAGAGAAAGGAAAAGACCAGAAGACAGACGAUGAAUCCCUCCCAGCCGAGCCCCUCCUCAAGGUCUUACAAAAACCAAAGGGAAUGAAGUCCAAACUGAGCGGGUGGUCCCGGCUGAAGAAGCACAUGGUGGUGGAGCAGGAGGAGCCCAAAUUCCCAGAGAUGAGCUCUGAGAAGGAGACCGUGAAGCAGGACCAGAGCGAGGGGGCGAAGGUGGAGGAGAAGAAGCCCGCCGACAAGCCCGCCGACAAGGCCGCCGACAAGCCCGCCGACAAGCCCGACUCAGCUCAGGACGAGAACCAAACCAAAGACGCUCCCGUGGCGGCAAAGAUGUGGAACGCCGUCCUCUUCCAGAUGUUCUCCACCAAAGAGAACAUCAUGCACCAGAUCGAGUUGAACAAAAGCGAGGAGGAGAAGGAGGUGGUGGAGAAAGACGAGUCGCGCGAGAUCCCUUCGUUUGCCCACCGGCUGCCCGUGCUGCUGUUCAGUCCAAAGUUCGACGCCAAGAAGCUGAAGGAGGCGGCGUCGAGGCCGGUGACGAAGAUCUCCACCGUUUUCGAAAUGGGUUUGAUCGGGCGGAAAGGGAAAGAAGAGGAACCAAAAGACUUUAACAGAACAGCCAGGGGGUUCACCGUGAUUUAAGCUUUUGAAUAAAAUAUUAAUAUAAAGUGCCAAGAGGAAAAUGUAAAGAGAAAAAGUGAUUUUCUGUGUUUUAUGUACAGGUGCAGAAUGUUAGCAACAGGAAUAAUGUACAGGUGAUAGUCUUUGUGUUGGAUGUUCGUGGCAGUGUGGUAGAGAAACUCAGUCUGAACUUUUUACUUGACUAAUGCUUCGUGUUGCAUUUGUGUGACUGGCUGUCUGGAUGUUCAAUGUUUGUGUUUGUGGAUCCGCUGGAAAGAGAGAGAGCUACACUUGUCUUAAAGUCAUUCAGACGUGACUUCAGAUUAAAGCGUUUAUGUUUUAAGUAA